AUGCCAGUAAUAAACAAAGAAGUUGCAAGGAAAGACGAAGACAUUUACCUCCUGGUGUAUAGGGCUACACUGAGAGGUGACUGGAACGAAGUCAGAGCAUUCUUGGAACGAGAUAGAGAUGUAGUCAGAGCAGGCAUCACUAGAUCGAAGAGUACAAUACUCAUGGCAGCAGUUGGUUGUAUGCGGAGAAAGCAUUUUGUGAGUAAUCUACUGCGGUUCAUGUCACCAGAGGAUGUGACUGUAGCUGAUGAUAAUGGUAAGACGAGUCUUCAUUUUGCAGCAAAAUCUGGCAACAUUGAGGGAGCCAAGUUGUUAUUAGUGGCCAAGAACCCAAGUCUGCCCACUGUUUCAGACAAUGACGGGAAUCUACCACUCUACCAAGCUGCUUCUAGUGGCCAUGAGAAUAUGUUUCAUUACUUAAUGGACCUCAUUAGCGAAGACGUGAAGGAACAACUAAUUAAUCGUGAUUCUGGUACUAGGAUUGUCACAUCUUUUAUGUUACAUGGUUUUUAUGACAUUGCUCUAUCAUUGGUUAAACGCUAUCCUGCAUUGGCAAGGGGGAGCCGGUGCCUUUCUCUAUUUGAAUUGAUUGCUGUGGAAAAUGCUGCAUUCCGAAGUGGAAUGAAAUUUAACUUCUGGCAAAGAUUAAUCUACUUUUAUGUUCCUGUGCCGUUGGAAGAGUCUGCCUACCACCGUAGUGGAAGCAACAUUGAGAAUCCGACCAAUUUCUACAGUUAUGUAUCGGGGAUCAAGUACAUCCACGACAUAAAAAGGAAGAAUGAACAGGCACUACGGCUUUUCAAACAUUUUUGCAUGGAACUUGCAAAAGUAGAUUCCUCAGAAAUUGAAAUUACAACAACAAUUAACAAGUCAUUAAUAAUGGCGGCUAGUUAUGGAAUUACUCAAAUUGUUAAAGAAAUCAUUUCAGUAUUUCCUGAAGCGAUAUUUCAUAAGAACGAAGAGGGACAAAACUUGAUUCAUAUUGCAAUUGUUAAUCGGAAUAUAGGCCUAUUCAAAUUCAUUUACAAGUUCUCCGAUGAACUUGGUGUUGCCCGUACGCUUUUGUUGAUGAGUGAUUCAGCAGGCAACACUAGUCUGGAUAUGGUGGCAUGCUUGAAAAGUGAACAAAAACUCGUGCUCAAAGAUUGUGCACCCGGUGCAGCUCUACAAAUGCAACAUGAAUUGCAGUGA